GUGUGAGUGAAACGUGUGUUUGUUGAAGAAAACGAGGAAUAUCGAACAUUACAGUGUGUGAGUUUGUGAAGAGCUAUGUCUGACGAAGAACAUCACUUUGAGUCGAAGGCUGAUGCCGGUGCAUCCAAGACUUAUCCACAGCAAGCUGGAACCAUCCGCAAAAAUGGUUACAUUGUCAUCAAGAACAGGCCCUGCAAGGUUGUGGAGGUUUCAACUUCUAAAACUGGAAAGCAUGGACACGCAAAGUGUCACUUUGUUGGUAUUGACAUCUUCACCGGCAAAAAGCUUGAAGAUAUUGUUCCAUCUUCCCAUAACUGUGAUGUCCCUCAUGUCAAUCGCGUUGAUUACCAGCUCAUUGAUAUCUCAGAGGAUGGAUUUGUGAGUCUGCUGACUGAUAAUGGUGGUACUAAGGAUGACCUUAGGCUUCCAACUGAUGAUAAUCUGCUUUCGCAGGUUAGUUUGUUUAUCAAGGAUGGAUUUGGUGAGGGUAAAGAUCUGGUCGUGUCUGUUAUGUCUGCCAUGGGUGAGGAGCAGAUUUGUGCCCUUAAGGACAUUGGCCCCAAGUAAUAGAGCCAUGUCAGUUGAAGCAAGAAAGCGAAAGUUUGAAUUGAAAUGAUAUAUAUAUUUAGUAUUUUUUCCCCACUCUUAUGUGUGGAUUUGUGUACUAAAUCAGCCUAAGUUUGUACCCUUCUUACAAGAUGUGGUGGAGACUAUUGGAUGACUUUAUUUAAGAUUCUAUUACCUAUAUCUUUGUUGUGGUAGAUCAAUGCUAAAACCAUCAACUGUUACAUGGUGUGAAGAAGUUAUAUUAGCCACUGGCCUUUGUGACUAUUUAUACGCUUAUCACCUUUUAAUCUUUCUAAUAUAGUUUUCUUCAUUUUGA